GGAGCCAGGAUCGGGUCCAGGUCUGAGAGGAGGCCAACUGGGCCCAGGAGGAGGAGGAAGAUCCACCCGUCUGUGUUCAGAGGGAGAGGUCAGCUACGGCUAUCAGUCAUUCCGGAGGCGGGGCAGCUUGUCAUUCAGAUCCACGAAGCCAGAGGGCUGAUGGGAAAAUCCCAAAGGUCAUGUGACUCAUAUGUGGAGCUGGCAGUGACCUCGGACCUCGACCGCGGCAUCAGGAUGACGACUCCGACCGUCCUGAACAACAAGAACCCAGAAUACAAACACAGCUUUACACUGUGUAUCCUUGACGACCUCAUCCUGAACAGGCUGUUGGUUUCUGUGGUCAGCAGGUGCGGCCAGCUGAUUGGAUGCAUGAGCUUUGGGAUUGGUUCUCUUGUCUCUUCCUCUAAGCGUGUGACUGGUUGGUUCUACCUGCUGGGGGAGGAGUUUGGGAGGAGCAAACACCUGAGAGUGACAUCACAGCAGAGCAAACCAAUAAGGAAGCCAGAGGACGCACCAGCACGCCGUG